AAAAAAAAAGGAGCUCGCAGGCAGAAGUGAGCUCCCACCUCCUCCUCCUCCUCUCUCUCUCUCUCUCUCUCUCUCUCUCUCUCUCUCCGCUCGCAGACCACCACCGAACCCUCCGAUCCAAACCCUGCUCGCAUCGCGUCGCAUGCCUCCGCGCGCCACGAGGCGGCGGCGCUGCAGCUGACCAGGACCAACCGCCCCCCUUGACUCGCCGGGGGGAGAGACAUGGGCGGCGUGACGUCCACCAUCGCCGCGCGCUUCGCCUUCUUCCCGCCCACACCGCCGUCCUACACCGUCGUCGUCGCCGACGCCGCCACCGGCCGCCUCGCCAUCCCGGAGAUCUCCCACGCCCCAGGGCGCCGCCGGAGGCGGGACGGCGCCGGCGCCGGCGGCGGGGACCCCUCCUCGGCCGCCUCCGCCGAGGAGGAGGACGGCACGGAGGUGGUGCGCCUCCGCACGCGCCGCGGGAACGAGAUCGUGGGGGUGUACGUGCGCCACGCGCGGGCCUCCGCCACGAUGCUCUACUCCCACGGCAACGCCGCCGACCUCGGCCAGAUGUACGGGCUCUUCGUCGAGCUCAGCAAGCGCCUCCGUGUCAAUCUCUUCGGGUAUGAUUACUCUGGUUAUGGGAGAUCUACAGGGAAGCCCACUGAGUGUAAUACAUAUGCAGACAUUGAAGCAGCAUACAACUGCCUCAAGGAAAAAUAUGGUGUCGCGGAUGAGGAUAUAAUCUUAUAUGGUCAGUCUGUUGGAAGUGGUCCAACCAUUGAUCUUGCUUCACGAUUGCCAAACUUGCGAGCUGUGGUUUUGCACAGUCCCAUUUUAUCUGGACUAAGAGUACUAUAUCCAGUCAAACGGACAUUUUGGUUUGACAUUUACAAGAACAUUGAUAAAAUUGGCUUGGUAAAUUGCCCAGUGCUUGUUAUUCAUGGUACGUCAGAUGAUGUCGUCGACUGCUCCCAUGGAAAACAGCUAUGGGAGCAUUGCAAAGUAAAAUAUUCACCACUGUGGUUAAGUGGCGGUGGCCACUGCAAUCUCGAGCUGUAUCCUGAUUACAUUAGGCACUUGAAGAAGUUUGUGUCAAGCCUUAACAAAAAAUCGCCAAAACCUGACCCGAAAGAGAUAACAGCAAAGGAUGACAAUGACACUACCAGUAAAGCAACAGAGGCUGCAUGCUCGGAAAAACCCAAGGAGGCCGCAAAAUGCUCACAGAUCUCGCGGAAGAGCCUGGAUAGCCGAGUCGGGAAAUCUAAAACAGUGGAUGUUCCUGAGAAACCACGGAUGAGCUCAGACGAUAUCGACAAGUUCAGAAGGAGAAGAUGCUUGGUCUGGUGAUGUAUGAUGUGAUCUUCGGCACAAAUUGUGGAGCAGUAUCUGAAUAUUAUAGCAAGGGAAUCAAGCAACUGUAUUACAUGAUAUCGCGAGGAAUAGCUUCAGCUGUUCCUUCGGUGGAGAGAAAAUAGCUGUUAAAUAAGGAAAGAGAACCAGGAAGCUACUAUCGUAUCCAUCAGAGAACUACUACUCGAAACCGGUAGUUCCUCAGUUAAUUUAACACUUACACCGACACCGUCAGCCUGUUUUGCAGCACGAUUAGGGUUUCCAUCAUGUAAAAGUGUACCAUUGUUGUCUGUAAUCACGAGGGACCAAUACAAACAUUUGCCCCCACUCUGUGCAAAGUCUAAAGCCUUAACGGAAUCA